GUCGUCGUCGUCGUCGUCGUCGUCGUCGUCAUGUCCCCAGCUACCUCAAACGGCCAAACGCUGUCCCCACCCAUCAUCCACUUGGUCCGUCAUGCACAAGGAUGGCACAACGUUGACGAUGACAGCACCAUCAAAGACCCCACGCUCACCCCCUCGGGCGAGAACCAAGCCCACACACUCGCAAGUCAGUUCCCCUACCAUGAUCAGAUCACGCAUAUUAUCUGCUCCCCUAUGAAGCGUACAAUCCAGACCACUCUCCUGGGUUUCAAACCUGCUUUGGAUAGAGGUGUUCAAGUCACAGUUUUGCCUGAAUUUCAGGAAUGUGGUGAUUGGCCUGCGGAUACAGGAACAGAUCGUUCCCUCCUGGAAAAGGAGUUUGGUCGACCUGGAUGGGAUUUUCGUGGCGUUGUCGAUGGGUGGAAUUCGAAAUCUGGCAAAUGGGCGUCAGAUCAUCCGAGUCUUGUGGCCAGAGCAAGAGAAGCACGAAGAAUCCUGAAGUCCAUCAAAGGCCAGCACAUUGUCGUUGUGACGCAUGGCGCAUUUUUGCACUAUCUAACCGAAGAUUGGUCCGACUUCAAAUCCGGUCAUGGCACUGGCUAUGCUAAUGCUGAAUAUCGAUCUUUUGCCUUUGUUCCGGGGACGAAUGGCAAUGAUUCUAUCGCUGAAAUUGAAGAAAGUAGAAUUCGUAGAACUGGAACCGAGCAUGGCUUGGGUAAAGCAGAGACACGAGAAUUGAAGGCUACCCAUGUAAUUUAGUAGGACUGUACACUUCCAGAUUAGUGCUGUGGACAUCUAAACCAUCAAUAUUGUCACAGAUAGAUAACAUGUACCGUUUUUUAUUUCAACUGCACGGCUUC